UACUAAUAAAACAACAAAUAAACAAAAACAAGCAGCAAAAGCUAAAACAAGAAAAAAACGUGGACUCGUGAAAACAACGGCAAAAUCAAAUGAUGAUUUAAAUGUAAAUACGCGAACAAAACGAGAAGCUAGUUUAAAAGCAUCAGCAAUGAUCAUGCAACAAAAUGAAAUUGAACGUUCACGUUUUAAUUAUAUAUUAGCUGAUACAUUAACAAAUACAGCUGCAGAACAAGUAGCUGCUGCCAAACGCCGACGUCGUCAGUCAACAAAAGAUAAUAGUCCUCAUAUUGAAUCAAUAACUCAAUCCGUUGAAGAUAAUGAUAUGAAUACAGACGCCGUCUCUGUAAAAAGAGAGCUUGCAUUACCGGCAGCGGUGCCUACAGCACAAAUCGUUUUACCUCCUCCUCUCUCCUCAUCCACACCUCUACGAAAACCAUCUCCAUCUUCACUAUCGAUGAAUAAAUUCAAGUUUAAUGUACCGCACGUGCCUCCACCUCAUCGACCAUCGACAAAUAAUGCAUCAACUAAAACAGAAUAUGCACAAUCGACACCGGAUAGUAAAACAACAGCACUGAAAAAACAAACAGUUACUAUACCGCCUUCAAACGUUCAAAAUUUACAAUCGUCGUCUUCUUCAUCGUCAACUACAACGCCUGCCUCUGCUUUAAAAUAUCCAACAUUAACCGAAAAUAUAUUAGCAGAACACGAUCGAAUUCACGGCACAACACCACCUUAUCACACUACAAGACGGGAUAACGUUAUUCGAUGGGCACAAGAGUUACUUUCAUACAGUAAUGAACGAUUAUCACCCCCAUUUCCUAGCGAACAGGUUCCACUAGAAUCAUUUCAUGUACCAUUACGCUCUACUACAACUUCGUCAGAUCAGCAACUACAACAGCAGCAGCCAAUAAGAAUGAGCCAGAAUAGUAAUAGUAAUCAAAGUACAAAUAAUAAUAAUGGUGGACACACCGGAUCGAUUGCUGCAUCAACUUCAACAACAUUAGCUGGAACAGGAACAGCAACAACUGGUGGUAGUACGACGAUAAAUAACGAUAACUCUAAAUCGUCGGUGAAUCAUAUUAGUGCAGUUGAAAGAAAAAAACCAGCAACAACAACCAAUCGACAACCGAUCAAUACUACUAAUGUGACAUUUCCUAAUAAAGUUGUAGUUCAAUCCUUACCGCCAGCAACGUCUUUACAGUCAAUUCCAACAUCAACCGUCGCCGGUACCACAUCAUCAUGUUCUCAUCCACAGUCAUUUGAUCAUUCGACAUCCAAUUUAUCACCAACUAUUCAUCCCGAAAACAAAUUUUCUCUUCUGGCACCUCCACCGCCACCAUCACCUUUACCACCAGGCGGCACAACCAACUUGCCAGUGCAAAGUCCCUAUCCUACAGGAGCAACAUUUCCACUUGAUUUACAUCAGUUUUUUCCCUUAUUAUCCUGUUGGCAGUAUCCUGGUAAGGAAUGA